GGCUGACAGCUCGAGAACGCGUAUCUCCCGAUUUGUGAAUUGUGACUCACCGCCAUCGAGGGAGUACGGGAGUCAUACAAAACGUAAGGUGUAUCGUAAUUUCCUUCUCCUCGUUUUGCAGUUGCAGCCUUGCAGGGCAAGGAGUGAGCUACUGUUCCGAUAACAUGGCCGUCGGUGUCCUUGCUUUGCAGGGAUCUUUUAACGAACACAUAGCAGUUCUCAGAAGGAUCGGAGUGAAAGGGAUAGAGAUAAGAAAGCCCGAGCAGCUCCAGAAUGUACAUGCUCUUAUAAUUCCAGGAGGGGAGAGCACUACCAUGGCCAAGCUCGCUGAAUACCAUAACCUGUUUCCUGCUUUGAGAGAAUUCGUCAAAAUGGGGAAACCUGUGUGGGGGACCUGUGCGGGUCUCAUCUUCUUGGCAAACAAGGCCGUCGGACAGAAAGAAGGAGGACAGGAACUCAUCGGAGGGUUAGAUUGUACUGUCCAUCGGAAUUUUUUUGGCAGCCAGAUUCAGAGCUUUGAGGCAGAGCUGUCAGUACCGGAGCUUGCAGCCAAAGAAGGUGGUCCUCAAAGUUCUCGUGGAGUUUUUAUUCGUGCUCCAGCAAUCCUUGAAGCAGGCCCAGAAGUUGAAGUCUUAGCUGAUUAUCCCAUUCCCUCGAAAAAAUUGACAGAUUCAAAAUCUGUAACUGGAAACCAGGAGGUGAAAAUUGGGUCCAAAGAUAAAGUAAUUGUGGCUGUAAGGCAAGGGAACUUGCUCGCAACUGCUUUCCACCCUGAAUUGACUGCGGACACACGAUGGCAUAGUUAUUUCUUGAAGAUGAUGGCAGAAUGUGGUGAUCAGGGUAACUUCUCUACCGGAGGAGAUGAUAUCAAUGACAACCAACAGCAGCUGAGGAAUGAUCUGCCCAUAUUUCAGUAGUAGCAAAGUGGCACUGAUGGUUGUUUUCCCUGCAUUUUACUUUGAUCUCUCUUCAAAAUGCAUGUUAUCUGUUAAGGCAUUAUUGCAUAUAGAACAGAAAUGUUUUUCUUUUGGUUGGUAGAUUUGUUCCAGAACAGCAGGGUUAACCUAAUUCUGCAGGUUGUUGUUGUAUAUAUUAAUGAAGCAAAAUCUCAUGAUAUUUUGCUUCCA